GGCGUUUCUUGGUGCAUCCGGUAUUAUGCCAAGACGUUACAGUGAAGCGUCUCUCGUUUCGCUUCUUCACGCUGAUCUGUUCAGUCGCGUCGCUUUGAGAAGCGCGUGUGAACAGCAGUUCUUGCCGUGCGUUCGGAUUCGCCGCACGCGUCUCGCGCGAGGUACAAAUGCAGAACGAUAAUCACGUUAAUAGUGACGUAUUGAACAGGACAAUCGUAAAAUCGAUCGGCCGAGAGUGUCCUUGAUUAUUUACAGAGACAACACAAUAAUUUGAUUGAGUGCUCGGAUGAAGGAGUGCGCCGAACGACUUGCUAUUUAACUUUGCACGAAGAAGACAAAACGAUCGGUGAUUAAAGGAAGAGCCGGGCGAACCGGAUUGCAAUUUUUCAAUCAAGCAUUAAGAACAAUUUGAUUAAUGGAUUACUCGUUUUUACUACGAAACAUUGAAUAUUCUUAGAUGAAACUAGAUGAAACUUUUCCAUUCCGACCGAAUGAUUCUUAUUUUUGUAGAUUUUCUAGAUGAAUGAUAUAAGUGGAUUUAUAAGAAAAAAAGAAAGAAAGCCUUCACAUUGACGCCAGCUAUUCGAAUCAGCUGACAUAAACGUAAUUUAAGACAAAAGAAGAAUCGAGACAUAAACAAAAAAGUGGAACAAGCAGGGAUAACAUCGACAGAUGUGUCCAAAAAAUUAGGAAUAAUGUAAUAGAGAGCUAGAAAUUGUUUACAUUGGAUAAACGAGUAAUUAUAUUUUUAAGCCACUAUGACCAUGAUAAGGUUUGUUUUGGCCGGUCUGGUGUUAUUCUCGACAAAAGUAUCGUCGAAGUCACACCUGACGAAAUGUUGCCCGCCAGGAGAGAUCUUCUCAGGACAUUCCAUCGUAGAGUGCGUUUCAGUACCGAGGAACGCGACGGAACUCUAUAUUCAACAUUGGAACACCACUACGAAGUUCCAAGGAAUUCCUCAGUGUAAGGAACCCGAAGAUCUUAUGACAACACCGCUUGACGAUCUUGAUUCCGACAAUUUCUUAGAGGUACCGGCUUGCCUCGAAAUACUUCACAUGCAAGCAACUGGAGAAAGUACCGUAAUAGUUGUUCAUUGUCGAUCGUACAAAGAUCGACUGAUAAAAGCGAUUAACGCGUCCUUUCCGCAACUCACAUAUAUCAGAAAAUGUUGCCCUCGCGAUACGGUAUUCGACAGUCGCACGAAAGCUUGCGUGCCGCAGUUAAGCGAAUUAGACAGCCUUGCAGCAUUUUUGUUAAAUGGAUUGGCUAACGCAGAUCUUGUAAUAAUAGCUACCGAAGGUCCACCUACGUGCAAAGGCCCCAUCGUCGACUAUGAGAUUGACAAAAACGAUGUCUUUGUGCAGAACAGUACAUAUUCAGUGAUGGUUCCAGCGUUCAUGAAUAUUGUCAAAGAGGAACUAUUGGUUACUGAGGAUAAUGCUUGCCUCGAGAGGACGUCGGAUUCUGAUCGAACAUUGAUAGCGCGCGUCUGCAGAAAUCCGGAAUUUUGCCACAGGAACGCUUGCAUUAGAAAGUGCUGUGCCGAAAAUGAGUUCUUUUACGCCCAGGGAUGCAAUAAACUCGCUGUACCCGACGAACCGAUAGAGUUUCACGAGGCCCUCGCAAACGCCGUAAAUCAAACGAAAUCGUCCGCUUUCGACACGACCAAAGACUAUGGCAUUUUGAUUGGGAAGCCAUGUAAAUACGGCAUGUAUCCCAUGGAUCCAAGGGAAGAAGAAUGGGCGCUGACAUCAGAAGGACAUGUUUUUGUCGAAAAUUAUGCCGCGUACGACCAGGACAAAUACUGCAUGGACGUCUUUUACAACAAAUCGGAGUUUGAUCACAACUUUCAUUUGUUCAUAUGUUUUGACAAAUCGGAGACAAAUAAGAUUUCAAUAAGAUACCAAAUAAACACCAUCCUGGAAAUCAUCAGCUGCGCCUUCCUCUUAAUGACCUUAUUGGUGUACGCGUGUCUGCCGAGUCUGCAGAAUCUUCAUGGUAAAACGCUGAUGUGCCAUGUGAGUAGCCUCCUCCUGGCCUUCACCUGCUUGCCCAUCAUCACUUGGAUCAUGCCUAGUGACGUGAUUGAAGGACAAAUUAUGACAACAUGUAAAGCUUUAGCUUAUACCAUGCUUUUUUCUUUUCUAUCGGCGUUUUCCUGGCUUAACGUCAUGUGCUUCGACAUAUGGUGGACCUUUGGAGUUUUGCGUGGAAGUACCAUUACAAAAGCGCGCGAGCAUAGGAAAAGAUUUCUAUUAUACUGCGUCUAUGCAUGGGGUCUCUCCUUGCUAGUGUCAAUCUUCGCUAUCGUUGCUGACAGCACGAAAAUCUUGCCAGACUAUCUGCAACCCAAUAUUGGUAAUAGGGGCUGUUGGUUUACACAAAAACGAGAUUCAUACGGCGAAUUAACUUUCUUCAUCGGACCGGUGAUGAUUCUGCUGAUAUCUAACAUAGUAUUUUUCAUUCUUACAUCGGUACAUUGCAAUAAGGUAAAAGCAGAAAUAAAAAGGGUAACUACGGACCCCACAGAUCCCAGAAGCAAACGAUUGAUUUUCUUUUCAUUUUCUGAAGCAACAUUUAUCAUGAACAUCAAACUAUUUAUCGUCAUGGGAAUGUCCUGGAUUUGCGAGGUGGUGUCAUUCUUCCUGGUAAAAUAUUUAGAUUACGGACAUUGGCAUCAUGUGUUUUUCUACACCAGCGAUGUUUUCAAUUGUCUCCAAGGUCUACUGAUCUUUAUCCUCUUCGUCUUGAAGAGUCGCGUGUAUCAAGCACUUCGUAGGCGAUUGGGAUUUGACACCAAGAAGAAAAAAACAACUCCGGCGAAUAACGCAACUGCGACUUUACACGAUCCUUAUAAAGUCAGGAAAAGCACAAGUGACAGCACAUUAACGACGUUUGCGAUUAGUUCGACACCAUAAGGUAAUAAUUGAGACUGUCUAGUAUGAUAAUUUACAUAAUUUAUGUCUUCCUUUUUACCACAUAAUAUUCUUGUGUCCUCGAGUCAC